AUGUCUUUCUCAGCACUUCUUCUCGAUAUCGAGGGAACAGUGUGCCCGAUUUCCUUUGUCAAAGAGACCCUUUUCCCUUACUUUCUUCAACAAGUUGAUUCUCUGCCGCACUCAGAAGACGCUCACAUCAGAUCAUUAUUGCAGAAAUUCGAAGUCGACGAUGUCGUAGCUCAUAUUCGUAGUAUGGUGUCUCAAGAUAUCAAAGAUCCCAUUCUGAAAGAAUUGCAAGGUUUAGUUUGGCUUCACGGUUACGCUGAUGGUGAAAUCACCGCUCCUGUUUACAAGGACGCUAUAGAUUAUAUUCAAACGACAGAAAAACCUGUAUACAUUUAUUCCAGCGGAUCAGUGAAAGCUCAGAAACUUUUGUUUCAAUAUGUUGCUGGUAUGCAAGGGACCAUAGAUCUACGCCCAAACUUACAAAACUAUUACGAUAUCAACACCGCUGGAAUCAAGACAAGUAGCCAAUCUUACUUGAAAAUCGCCCAAGAUAUUGGGCUUCCGCCUCAAGAAAUAUCAUUCCUAAGCGACAAUCCCUUAGAACUGGAUGCUGCUAAAGAUGCAGGAUUACAGGUAACAUUAGUCGUGAGACCUGGAAACCCACCCGUCGAAAACAUGGGCAAAUACAAAUCUAUCACCAAUUUUAACGUUUUAUAA